AUUUUCAUCCCAGAUUUUACAGUGGAUUUUAAGAGGUUUACAGUUUGUGUUCAGGUGAAAUCGAAGCAGUAUAUAAAAUUUGCCAUCAGAGAGUAAGAGUAUCAAAUCAAUUCUGGAAAAGUCAGCCUAAAUAAGCAGAAAUCCUAUAGAUGUAUUCAAAUUGUUCCAAAAAGGCCCAGGCAAGGAGAUUUCGCCUUACAUUGGCUAUUAGCAUGGGUUUUCUUUCAUUUAUAUACAUAGACGUUUUCUUAAAUAGUCUUUAAAUAAGUAAUGCAAAGACAGCAUUACGAAAAGCAGUUGUGUGUGUGGGGGGGGAAGCAGUGGGUUUCCUGUGACUUUGAUAGCCAGGCAAAGUACAUUAAUCAUAGAGAACUAAUUCAUCGUCAUCCAAGUAGAUGGCAAUCUGAUGAUUGUCCAUGGUCCAUUGAUGAAACCGAGAAUAAAUCGAUUGCACAUUCUGCAGAUAAUAGUCUAUAACUGUUUCUCUCAGAUAUACUUUUAAGACAAGUUUUACAAGUAGCAAUUCAAUGUUAUAUUCUGUAGGUAAAACUUCACUUGCUCUUCUUGAUUUAACUCACUUUGUGUGUGGUCUUUGUCUGCUCCUGCCUCUCCCAUAGAUCUCUUCUAGUAAAGUUAGCAGCAACCUAAAUAUUUUCAAAUGCAGUGGGUUGUUUCCAGUUCAUGUUUUCUCAGAUUGAUUAUUGCAUUUGACAGUCUGACCACCCUGCCCCAAAAUGCACCUCCAAUAAUUUCUGUGAAAUCACUGAUUCUCUUUCUAACUCUCUAAUCAUUGUCUCUGUUAUAUAGUCUUCUUCCCUUUUGUACCUCAAAAUCAUUGUCCCAUUGCUAUCCUAUUAUUCUUUCUGAUGUUUUUCAUGCCAUUUAUGGUUUAACUUAUAAUUCUUUGUACUUUGAAAUCUUUUUCUACCUCUAAUAACCUCAGCUUGAGGUCCUUGCUGAACAUCUCCAUAAAGAUAUUCAGAAAGUUCUUGGAGUCCUCCUGUCCAAAAUAGAAAUAAUAUUUGCAGUCAGUUUUCUCCUCUUCUUUAUUCCCUAUCAUUGCCAUUACCAUCCCACCAGUUAUGCAAGCCAGAAAAUCGGAUACAUCUUAAUUUUUCCUGUUCCUUACCUCAUACCAUGUCUAGUUACCAAGCCUUGCUAAUGUCUAAUAGAUAUUUCUUGAAUUUGUUCCAUACUUACUUCUUCUGCCCAGUUUCUGUCACUUGAUUGUCAUAAUAGCUUUCUGCCUACAUACUGUUCCCACCUGAAAACUUAUAAGUGCUUAAUGAACCCUCUAAAAUGCCAGUCUGAUCAUGUCUUUUCAUAUGAAAACGACUUAAGUAUGACCAUAUUACUUACUUACAGGAUAAAAGUUCAGUAUUCUUAGUGGGACUUAUAAGGCUAUUCUUUUUAAUUCCUGCCACUCUAGACCUUUCAUUCAACAACUGUGUUUUGAUCAACUUUUACAUGCCAAACAUUGUGCUAGGUACUUCGUGUAUAGUGUGGACAAAAGAGAUAUUAUCUCUGUUCUCAUGGAGCUCACAAGCUAGUUCAGAAGAACGGCAUCAGACCAAAUAUCCUUUGACCAAAAUAUUUUGAAGAAGACAAAAACUAUGCAUGUUCCACCAUCUCCUACUUCUCUCUUAUUUGAUGAUGUCUACCCACGCCAUCUGCCUUCUCUUUUACACAGGGUGGAACAACAUACCAUGAGGUAUGGUUUCUGGCCUCAUAAAGGAGCCAUAAUGGAACUAGAUGGUGCAACCCAAACGUGUAGGCAAGGUGACUUCCCUUGGGAAAUGAGGAGGCGGGCAGAUAAACUGACACAUCUUUUUCUCAUCCAUGGACAUUCCAAGGUCAAUUUCACUUUGUGGUCCUUCUGAAGUUCCAUGGGUCACUACAUGCUCCUGCUGAGGUACCUGCUGCCUCUUUGGAACCCAUGUGAAGUGCACAGUGUGAUAGGCCUCUCACAUCUCAUUGCUCUUGCCUGCCCUUUCCUCUCUCCCUUUAGUACUUUAGUCUUUGCCUUAGGUUCUGUUUUCUGAAGAUCCCAGCUAAAACACUUCUUCCCUUUGUCUUGGUUUGUAAAUCACAGAUAAUCUUAUAUAAUUUUAUAUAAUCAGCAUAACUGUAUAGGAGAAAUAAAAGCCAAGUAACUUAAAACAUGUUUUAAUAUGGAUUUGUACAGAUACAUGAAAAGUCAGAGUAAUAGCCUGAUUUUUAAACCUAGAGGUUGAGAGACUGGAUAUGAUAAUUACAAAUUUACAACUUGUAGGUGUAAUUCAAAUAUCAUUGGCAGCAUUUCCAUUAGAGAUAUUUUUCAAAGAAUGAAAAUUACUAAAGUUCCGAUCCAAAUCAAAUAACCGUGUUCCCUGAUAUAUUCAGUAUUUCAUUUCAAGAAAAUUUAGUCUACAUGAGAAAAAAAUAAAUAUAAAUACAUAUAUGUUCAAAUGUAAAAUGGAAUAAGGGUCUAGGCUCAGAUCAUUAUGAAUAGAUUCAUCAUCUAUAGGAAUAUUUAGGACACUAGAAAAUUACAGAAGACUUGGGACAUUUCUUUCCUGUAUGAAACUGUCCUGUGUUGUAGGAAGUCUACCGUCCCUUGUUCCCUCUCCCUCCAAAUUCAGCAGCGUGCCACAGAACAUUGACAGUCCAAACUUCCUGAGCAGAGGUGUAAAAUGCCCCGUGUGCCAGGUGUCAACCAUGCUGAGCACUGCUACAGUGCUGAGUGAGUGCAUUUAGUUUCCUCAGCAUGUCCCAAAUUUUAUGCUCCUGCAUGUGCCUAAUGUGCUGAUUGUUCCCUGGCUCUUUAUCUUUUCACCUUCACUUGUUUGUGACCACAGCCAGGAGCCAUUUCUUCAUAGAACCCAUUCCUGCCUCUUGUCUUCUGCCCCCUGGGCUGUGUUCAGCAUUAUAGCUGUCUGCAUUUCUGCAUCAGUGUAGGGUCUGCACAUUACCUGUGGGUCUCCACACAAGUAAGGCCAUUGUUUUUGGCGGUGCGGGCCCAUAUUGCAUUCCUCUCUGUGCCUACUGAGAGUAGUGCUCUACAUUUCUUUGUUGAGGGUCACCUGUGAACUCUCCUCUGCUCCGAAUGAAUUAUCAGUCCAUUAGAGUUGCUUACAGAGUUGACCUGAGUCACCAGGAGAAUCGAGUUUAUUAUAAGAGAUCAGUUUCAUUCAAGGACCUGACUGUGAACUUCACCCAUGAAGAGUGGCAACAACUGGACCCUGAUCAGCGGCUUUUGUACAGGGAUGUGAUGUUGGAGAACUAUAGCAACCUCAUCUCAGUGGGGUUUCGUGUUAGCAAACCAGAUGUGAUCUUCAAAUUGGAGCAAGGAGAAGAACCAUGGAUAGUGGAGGAAAUUUCAAGGGAGAGCUACACAGAAGAUGAUGAUGCCUUAGAGAAGGACAAGGAAAUUCAAGACAAAUAUUUGAGUCAAAACAGCACAACACUCAUUACAAAAAGAGUGAAUGCAUUUGGAACAAUGUUUACUCUGGGCAUGAAUCUUGUUCCCUCAAGAAAAAUACCCUACAAAUGUGAUCCAGGUGGCAACAGUUUCAAAACUAAUUCAGAAAUAAUUGUUGCAAAGAAAAGCAAAGAAAAUAUAAAGGUUCCUGAUGAACAUAGUGGAUGUGGGAAGGCCCUGCUCCAUGCUAAGCAUGUAGAAAGUCAUUCUGGAAUGAAAAAAUGCAACUAUAAUCAAGCAGUGGAAGCCAGCAGUCAGGAGGAAGAUCUUCUGCAGCAGAGCAUUCAGACUUGGAAACAACCUUUUGACCACAAUAAGUGUGGGGAGCCCUUCUUCAGGAGGGCACUCCUCUCUGCAGAGAAGACAGGAUGUGCUGAAAAGAAGCCAAAUGAAUGUGAUGAAUGCAGGAAAACCUUUUCUAAGAGGUCCACCCUCAUUGUGCAUCAGAGAAUUCAUACAGGGGAGAGACCCUAUGUUUGUAAUGAUUGUAGGAAAACCUUCCGCGUGAAGACCAGCCUCACUCGACACCAAAGAAUUCAUACCGGAGAGAGACCCUAUGAAUGCAGCGAAUGUGGGAAAGCCUUCAUUGACAAAUCUGCCCUCAUCGUGCAUCAGAAAAUUCAUGGAGGGGAGAAAUCCUAUGAGUGUAAUGAAUGUGGAAAGACCUUCUUUCGGAAGUCAGCCCUCGCUGAGCACUUCAGGUCACACACGGGGGAGAAACCUUAUGAAUGUGAGGAAUGUGGGAAUGCCUUUGGCAAGAAAUCUUACCUCAUGGUACAUCAGAGAACUCACAGAGGAGAGAAGCCAAAUGAAUGUAAGGAAUGUGGGAAAACCUUCUUCUGCCCAUCAGCGCUCACUGCACAUCAGAGAAUUCACACAGGAGAGAAGCCCUAUGAAUGCAGUCAGUGUGGGAAAACCUUCUUCUGCCAGUCAGCCCUCAAUGUGCACCGAAGAAGUCACACAGGAGAGAAGCCCUAUGAAUGCAGUCAGUGUGGGAGAUUCUUAUGCACCAAAUCAGCCCUCCUGGCACAUCAGAUAGUUCACAGAGGAAAGAAGUCUUACGAAUGCAGUGAAUGUGGGAAGUUUUUCUGCCAUAAGUCAACACUCACGAUACACCAGAGAACCCACACAGGAGAGAAGCACGAGGUGUUUAAUGAAUGCAGUAGAACAUCCGUGGUGAAGCUGAACUGCAGUGACCAUAAGAGAAUGGACACAAAGGAGAAUCUGUAUGAGUGUCAUGAGCAUGGGCAUGCAGCCAACAGAAGCUCACACCUCUUUGCACACCAGAGGACCAUGUGGGAGAGACCCUACGCAUGCAGUGAGUGUGGGAGGACCUACUGCAGGAAGUCAGCUCUCACUCACCAUCAGAGAACACACUCGGGGGAGAGGCCCUACGAGUGCAAUGAGUGUGGGAAAACCUUCUGCCAGAAGUUCUCCUUUACUGAACACCAGCGAACUCACACUGGGGAGAAGCCAUACGGAUGUAGAGAGUGUGGGAAAUCCUUCUGCCAUAAGUCAGCCUUCAGAGUCCAUCAGAGAAUUCACACAGGAGAAAAACCAUACGAAUGUAACCAAUGUGGGAGAACCUACCGUCGUCUGUGGACACUCACUGAGCAUCAGAAAAUACACACAGGGGAGAAACCCUAUGAAUGCAAUGCAUGUGAGAAAACAUUUCGCCACAAAUCAAACUUCCUUUUACAUAAGAAAACUCAUAAGGAGUAAGUUCAGCAAGGCAACAAAUCAAGUAAUUACAUAAAGCUAGAACUGAAUAUGCAUGGGGUAGUGAAAUCUUUUCAGUGUAAGGAACAUGGGAAAAUUUUCUGCCACAGGUCAGCCCUCACCAUACUAUCAGAGAGCUUACACAACGACACAGUUUGUUUAAUACACGUGGUAUCACAUUCAGUGUGAACUCUGAAAAUGUCAGCAAUUCAGACACUACGCCAAGUGUGCCUCCCUUUAAAAAAAAUGAAGUGUUAUUUAAGUUUGUUACUUUAUUGUUCUCUUCAGUGUUACUUGAUAAUGUGUCAGCAGGUGUGAAGGUCUAAUCUUACUUCAUUUUAAAUCAGUGCCAGUUUUUCUUAUGACAGUUGAUUAACUGCUAAUGUAGAGAUUUAUGGUAUAUUAAAUCAUCAGGUUAGACAGUUUGUUUUCUGUCUUCUGUCUCCAUCUGUUCUGGUAACAGACCCCAUCCCUUUAUCUGCAAAGGUGACAAUUAGGAGGACUAACUACACUACUACAUAUCAUAGGGGUGUUUUUUUAGAAUUCAUCUAUCAAAUUCUGAGAAAGGGGCCUCUGUAAUGAUGAUUAAAUUAUAUUGUAUGGGUGCAUGUGAUUAGGCCGUUUUUAUGGAGAUCAUGUUGAGUCCUGAUUUCUGAGUGGGUUUUUCCCUAAGCCCUUUCCUGGCCUCUCUCUGCCUCUGUGCAUUCUGGCCAGGGAGCACAAAGUGAGCCCACCUAGUUGGUAAAUCUGGGGAGAGUAACAGGCUUGCUCAACUCAGCGGUUUUCUGUCUUCAUUGUGGGCUUUCCUGAAAGUAUGAUUUCCUGUCAUGGGUAUUGCCAGUGACUAAGUAAGCACAUUGGCCUCAUUCUGUCAUUCAGCUAAUUGGCCCAUUUGGUGGUCAUGCCAUGUUGCCUUCUCCAAAUCUGUCUUCAUCUGUAAUAAAGGCCUCAUCCUGACCCGUAA